ACGUAAGGCGCAGGCCAGGGCCGCCCGGCGCUCGGCAGCCGCCCGCAGCCCCUCGGAGCCAGAGGAGAGGCGCCCCCGCCGGCCGCCGCGCCGCCCGGCAGCCUCGGCAGCAUUUGACUUGGCAGUUAAUGGCUUGUGAGCUAAUUUCCUCAUCUGUAAAAUGGGAAGAUUGAUGACACCUGUUUCACAGAAUAGUUGGGAUGAUCGCUUGAGGGAAGACGUGAAAUUUCGUCAAGACACAAACCCUUUAAAAAUACUCGCCUAGUGUUCUGCCGGAGACUUCCAUUUGGCCUCAAUGUGAAAUUAAAGUAGAAAAUCACAUCUACAUGUAUGUUGCUAUCAGGAUGUUGAUUCAUUAGUCAUGCCUGAAGAGGGAAAGUCUGUUUUAGGUGGCUGACUACCAGCAAAAAUCAAUGCUUAUCCUACAUGUCAAGCAUCUCUACUUUUUACUGGAGUGAAAAUCCCCUCCAGAUACCAACAGAAUAUCACCUGCAGAAAAUGCUUCACAUUUUAAGGAUGUCGGCAACCUAAAUUCAUGUACCCUAUCUGUACAGUUGUUGUGGAUGGUUUGCCAUCUGGAAGCUCCUCAAGUUCUUAUCCAGGCCCUGUGUCUGUUUCUGAAAUGUCUCUGCUUCAUGCUUUGGGUCCAGUUCAGACCUGGCUGGGACAAGAGCUCGAGAAAUGUGGCAUUGAUGCCAUGAUUUACACUCGGUAUGUCCUCAGUCUUCUGCUGCAUGACAGCUAUGACUACGACCUGCAGGAACAGGAGAAUGACAUCUUCCUGGGCUGGGAAAAAGGAGCUUAUAAGAAAUGGGGAAAGAGUAAGAAAAAAUGUUCAGAUCUAACUCUAGAAGAAAUGAAAAAACAGGCUGCUGUCCAGUGUCUUCGAUCUGCUUCUGAUGAAAGCUCUGGUAUCGAGACUUUAGUGGAGGAGCUCUGCUCCAGACUGAAAGACCUUCAGAGUAAGCAAGAAGAGAAGAUUCACAAAAAGUUAGAGGGGUCUCCCUCUCCAGAGGCAGAAUUAUCCCCUCCAGCAAAGGAUCAAGUGGAAAUGUACUAUGAAGCAUUUCCACCACUUUCUGAGAAACCAGUUUGCCUGCAAGAAAUCAUGACUGUGUGGAACAAGUCUAAAGUCUGUUCUUACUCUAGCUCUUCUUCAUCAUCCACAGCCCCACCAGCUAGCACAGAUACUUCCUCUCCUAAGGACUGCAACAGUGAAAGUGAAGUCACCAAGGAAAGAAGCAGUGAAGUACCCACCACUGUGCAUGAGAAAACCCAGAGCAAAAGCAAAAACGAGAAGGAAAACAAAUUUAGUAAUGGCACAAUUGAAGAAAAGCCUGCUUUGUACAAAAAGCAAAUCCGACAUAAACCUGAAGGAAAGAUUCGCCCUCGCUCAUGGUCUUCUGGCUCCAGUGAAGCAGGCUCAAGUUCCAGUGGGAAUCAGGGAGAAUUAAAAGCAUCCAUGAAGUAUGUUAAAGUAAGACACAAGGCACGAGAGAUUCGAAACAAAAAAGGGCGGAAUGGGCAAAGCAGGCUUUCUUUGAAGCACGGUGAAAAGGCUGAAAGGAACAUUCAUACUGGAAGUAGUAGCAGUAGCAGCAGUGGUUCUGUCAAACAGCUGUGCAAGCGGGGUAAGAGACCUUUAAAAGAAAUAGGGAGAAAAGAUCCUGGGAGCACUGAAGGAAAAGACCUGUACAUGGAGAACAGAAAGGACACAGAGUAUAAAGAGGAGCCCUUGUGGUACACCGAGCCAAUUGCUGAAUAUUUUGUUCCUCUGAGCAGAAAAAGUAAACUAGAGACCACAUACCGAAACAGACAGGAUACAAGUGAUCUGACAUCAGAGGCAGUGGAAGAAUUGUCUGAAUCAGUGCAUGGUCUUUGUAUCAGCAACAAUAAUCUUCAUAAAACAUACCUCGCAGCAGGUACUUUCAUUGAUGGUCAUUUUGUAGAAAUGCCUGCAGUUAUAAAUGAGGAUAUUGACCUCACUGGGACCUCAUUAUGUUCUCUACCAGAGGACAAUAAAUACCUGGAUGAUAUUCAUCUAUCAGAAUUAACGCACUUCUAUGAAGUGGAUAUUGAUCAAUCCAUGUUGGAUCCUGGUGCCUCAGAAACAAUGCAAGGAGAAAGUCGGAUUUUGAAUAUGAUUCGACAGAAAAGCAAAGAGAACACAGAUUUUGAGGCAGAAUGUUGCAUAGUGUUAGAUGGUAUGGAGUUGCAAGGGGAACGUGCAAUAUGGACAGAUUCUACCAGCUCCGUAGGUGCUGAGGGCUUAUUCCUGCAGGACCUUGGCAAUCUGGCUCAGUUUUGGGAGUGCUGUUCAUCCAGCUCCGGUGAUGCUGAUGGGGAGAGUUUUGGAGGAGACUCUCCAGUUAGACUCUCUCCCAUCUUAGACAGCACAGUGCUCAAUUCACACCUGCUUGCUGGCAAUCAAGAGCUCUUUUCAGAUAUUAAUGAAGGAUCUGGUAUAAACUCUUGUUUUUCAGUGUUUGAAGUGCAAUGCAGUAAUUCUGUUUUACCAUUUUCUUUUGAAACACUCAACUUGGGAAAUGAAAAUACAGAUUCUAGUGCUAAUAUGCUUGGGAAAACACAGUCUAGAUUGCUAAUAUGGACCAAAAAUAGUGCCUUUGAAGAAAAUGAACACUGUUCUAAUCUUUCAACAAGAACUUGUAGUCCAUGGUCCCAUUCAGAAGAAACACGUUCAGACAAUGAAACAUUAAAUAUUCAGUUUGAAGAAUCCACACAGUUUAAUGCCGAAGAUAUUAAUUAUGUAGUUCCUAGAGUCUCGUCAAAUUAUGUAGAUGAAGAACUUCUAGAUUUUUUGCAAGAUGAAACUUGCCAGCAAAACAGUAGAACUUUAGGUGAGAUUCCUACAUUAGUUUUCAAAAAAACAUCUAAACUAGAAUCCGUCUGUGGUAUUCAGCUAGAACAAAAAACAGAAAACAAAAAUUUUGAAACUACACAAGUAUGUAAUGAAAGUCCACAUGGAGAUGGCUACAGCUCAGGGGUUAUUAAAGACAUUUGGACAAAGAUGGCAGACACAAAUUCUGUGGCUACAGUAGAAAUAGAAAGAACUGAUGCUGAGUUGUUUUCGGCAGAUGUAAAUAACUACUGCUGCUGUCUAGAUGCUGAAGCUGAACUGGAGACCCUUCAGGAGCCUGAUAAGGCUGUGCGGAGGUCAGAGUACCAUCUGUGGGAGGGACAGAAAGAGAGCCUGGAGAAAAGAGCAUUUGCUUCUAGUGAGCUAUCAAACGUGGAUGGUGGUGAUUAUACAACACCCUCUAAACCCUGGGAUGUAGCCCAAGAUAAAGAAAACACAUUCAUUCUUGGAGGAGUUUAUGGAGAACUCAAAACCUUCAAUAGUGAUGGGGAAUGGGCAGUCGUACCACCUAGUCACACAAAAGGAAGUCUGUUACAGUGUGCAGCUUCUGAUGUUGUGACGAUAGCUGGUACAGAUGUCUUUAUGACCCCAGGAAACAGUUUUGCUCCUGGGCACAGGCAGUUAUGGAAACCCUUCGUGUCAUUUGAACAGAAUGAUCAGCCGAAGAGUGGGGAAAAUGGGUUAAAUAAGGGAUUUUCUUUUAUCUUCCAUGAAGACUUACUAGGAGCUUGUGGCAACUUUCAAGUCGAAGAUCCUGGACUUGAAUACUCAUUUUCUUCCUUUGACUUAAGCAAUCCAUUUUCACAAGUUCUUCAUGUAGAAUGCUCAUUUGAACCUGAAGGGAUUGCAUCUUUCAGCCCCAGUUUUAAACCGAAAUCAAUCCUCUGUUCUGAUUCAGACAGUGAAGUGUUUCACCCCAGGAUAUGUGGUGUUGACAGAACACAAUACAGGGCUAUUCGGAUCUCUCCUCGGACUCACUUUCGCCCAAUUUCUGCAUCCGAACUGUCCCCAGGAGGAGGAAGCGAGUCAGAAUUUGAAUCUGAGAAAGAUGAAGCAAAUAUUCCCAUUCCUUCUCAAGUUGAUAUAUUUGAAGAUCCGCAGGCAGAUCUCAAACCUCUGGAAGAAGAUGCAGAGAAAGAAGGCCAUUACUAUGGAAAAUCAGAGCUUGAGUCUGGAAAAUUCCUUCCCAGGUUAAAAAAAUCUGGGAUGGAAAAGAGUGCUCAGACAUCACUGGAUUCCCAGGAGGAAUCAACUGGGAUUCUGUCAGUAGGAAAGCAAAAUCAGUGUUUGGAAUGUAGCAUGAAUGAAUCCCUGGAAAUAGAUUUAGAAAGCUCAGAAGCAAAUUGUAAAAUAAUGGCACAAUGCGAGGAAGAAAUUAAUAAUUUUUGUGGUUGCAAAGCAGGUUGUCAGUUUCCUGCUUAUGAAGAUAAUCCAGUUUCUUCGGGACAGCUGGAAGAGAUUGGGAAGAAAGAAAAAGAGGAAAGAAGCAAGAUUCUACAUCAUACCACUACCAUAUUCCUUCGCUUUCUAUUCCCUGUAUUGAACACUGAUAUACAAGGAAUGAAUAGAAGUCAAGAAAAACAGACCUGGUGGGAAAAAGCCUUGUACUCUCCUCUUUUUCCUGCAUCAGAGUGUGAAGAAUGUUACACAAAUGCCAAGGGAGAGAGUGGUUUAGAAGAAUAUCCAGAUGCUAAAGAGACACCCAGUAAUGAAGAGCGCCUGUUAGAUUUUAAUAGGGUGUCUUCUGUUUAUGAAGCAAGAUGUACAGGAGAGAGAGAUUCUGGAGCAAAGUCAGAUGGCUUCCGCGGAAAGAUGUGCUCCAGCGCCAGCUCCACCUCGGAAGAGACAGGCUCAGAAGGCGGAGGCGAGUGGGUGGGCCCUAGUGAAGAGGAGCUCUUUUCUCGAACUCAUCUCUAAACCUGCAAAAUAGUACAAAUUAUUGUUUAAAAAUGAUAUGUGAUGGAAAAUUACUCUUCAGUGAGACCUGUUAAUCUAAAACAACAACUUAGGUUUCCUCUUCAAUUAACUGAUUCAGAUUGGUAAUAAUUAUCUUUCUCUUCUUGCUUAUUUUAGAGUUGAGGACAGCUAUCCUGUUAAAGAUUUUUUUUCCCAGCUGUUAAAUUCUUGGCUAUUUGAAAUAGACUAGAUUGUGUUGUCAAAUCAAGAAUGGGUGUGCAUGUGCUUGUCUUAGAAGUAUCACUGCUUUUUGCAUCUUAACUGCAGUUAAUUUUCCUUCCGACUGCGGUUAUAUCACUAUGACCUUACUAGCAUUGCAGUGUCAACAACCACUUCUGCUCUUCAGAGACUUCAGCUUUGGAGCAUUUAGGCUUUGUUCUCCAAGAACUGGGAUAUCCAUUCUUACCCUACAGUGGCUUGAUGCCUUUCUGAAGGCGAGAGGGAAGCCUGGGUGGCUCAGCGGUGGUCUCCAUUCAGCAAAAUCUCAUGUACAUUUCAAGUAGGAACCGCAAAGGUGUGCUUUUCAAGACUCACCAAAUACUGUGUUUUCUAUCUUAGGAUUUCUUUUCCCCUAAAGUAUCAUGGAAGAUACUAUGGUUCGUGACUUUCUUGCUAACUGAAGAAGCCAAGGAUUUGGGGUGUGGGGUCGUAUGCGAGACACAGUGGGGUAAGGGUGCAUACCCCACCCCUUACCUGCUCUCAUACUGCAGUUACAUUUACACCAAAACCCCAUGCAGGGUUCUUUGUGGUGAGUGUUACAUAUGUGAUAAGGACCUUAGUUGCAGAUUGUUACUUUCUGGUGACCUAUGUUGAAUUGAAACCCCCAAAACUUGAAAUUGUGAACAUUUGACAUGCAGUAAAGGCCACCUCAUCACCCAGAGAAAUCUUUGGCUGCUGCAGCUAGCCGCUCCUUGGCUGUGAUGUAGUAUAGCUUCGAUCUCAUUUUGUGUUUGAGAGAAUGUUCUGGGCAAGUUCUGUGUGUGGUGGGUUGGGGCGGGUAGAGUCAUGAGUUUUCCACAUCCCUGUGUGGUGGUUUUGCUGACUGUCGCUCCGUGGGACUGGCUCCCGUUUCUCCUUGGUGAGCCCGGGGAGCCGGCGCAUCUUGUGAGUCGCGUCUGUGCAUGGCGAUCCGCUCCUCCGGCUCUCAUGGCAUUGUGCCACAGGCGGAAGCCAGGAGGAGCAGUAUGUGCACAACCGAAACAUUUUACAUUUUUUACAUUGUUUUUCUUUUUUAACCAACUCAUUGUUUAAAAAACAAAAACAAAAAAAACCUAAUCUGUGAAAUCAGCGUAGCAUGCCUGGAGCAUCAGGAAUGGCAGAAAAGUCUGAUACGCUCUAGACAGCUUCACCACUCAUUUGGGCAGGCAGUAAACACACAUAUAAUUUAUUAGCUGGGAGCUGAACUGGCUGUGAAAUCUAUGAUUUGCUUUGAACAUUUGGGUUUUGUUGCCUUUUUCUUAAUUGAUAACACAGAAAAGAAAGUACCAUCAAAGACUGUGGAGUCAUUGAGGGUCUGUGUGUCCUCACCGAGAGGGACCUGGUGUGCCCGCCGGGUCGAUCUUCCCACGUGUUAGGGUUUAUUUUUAUACAACACAUCUUUUGACACUUUAAGGUGGGUGGGUGUGUGUGUGUGUGUGUGUGCGUGCGCGCAUGUGUAAGGUUUUAUGUUGCUGUUAUUUAUUUACGAACUUCAGAUACGUUUUUAUGUAUUUUUCAUUCUUCUGGAGCUUCCUAAAAAUUGAUAAGCAUCUGCACUGAAAUAUAAUUUAACAGCAAAAGUAAAAAAGGAUUGAAAGUUGUAAAUUCCUCAUAUCACUACAGUGACGAUUAUUCUAGAAGUCGUUGCUUGUGUAGCAAAGACCAAAUAAAUAGAUUUCAGACACAACCUUGAGCACAGUUGAUUUUGGACAGCUGCUGUUUAUUAGGAAAGGGCUCCAGGUGGCAAAGGUGCACACUUCCUCAGACACAGGUGAGAAGAUGCAGCACCUUCCACAGGUGAAUGGGAUGGAUUCGAAGUGAGCAAAGGGAUUCACAAAUUAUGUAUUUAUUUGUUUUCAUAGUUAAGUAGCUGAAGCUCAGAGGCUUUCAGCAACAGAGAUGAAAGUGUGGCUUUUUAGUUUUGUGAAUGGAUGAUCACAAAGAAAAAGCUUUUUUAAAAAGUUGGCAAACGCUGAAACGCACUGUGGUAUGAAGCGCAUUGCAUUUCCAUAGCACUGAAGUACCAGUUUCCAUUCCUGGGCUGAGAUUGUUUUUCCCGUGGUUGUAUUGUUCUGAUUUCACGUACACCAGAGUAACUGAUUUUUUUUUUGUUUGUUUUCUUGUGGAGUUAACACCAAAUAAAAAUUGUAAAAAACA